ACCUUGUGUAAAAGGUCUGUGGCAUAUCUCUGUUAGCAUUUUCUGCACACUGAAGUGAUGUAUCAUGAUGUGGUUUUCUAUGAUGGCCUUCUGACACAAUUUUAAGGGCUGACAAAAUUAAAGCUCUUUCCUUCUGCUGUCCCAUCAGGUUAAAAUCUAGCAUGGCUAAUGCUUUCAAAUCUGGUACUUGGCCCUCAAGGCAGUACUCCUGCUCAGGACACUGGUGCUAGGGUGUACUGGAACAGAACAGUCCCUGGCAAAGGCUUUGGUUGGAUUCUGCCCCUUUCCCAAAGGGGCAGCUGUGAGGAUGUUGGUGACACGGUCACUUCUUCCAGGAAAGCUGCACUGCUGGGGUCACCAGCUGUGCCUCCUCGAGGUGGGGAUGUUCCUUCACCCAGCCUGAAGGACGGGUACCUUAACAUGGGGAACCUUCUAAAAGUUUUGACAUGCACAGACCUUGAGCAGGGGCCAAAUUUUUUCCUUGAUUUUGAAAAUGCCCAACCUACAGAAUCUGAAAAGGAAAUUUAUAAUCAGGUGAAUGUAGUGUUAAAGGAUGCAGAAGGAAUACUGGAAGACUUGCAGUCAUAUAGAGGAGCUGGCCAUGAAAUACGAGAGGCAAUACAGCAUCCAAAUGAUGAGAAGCUGCAAGAGAAGGCAUGGGGUGCAGUUGUUCCACUAGUAGGCAAACUAAAGAAAUUCUAUGAAUUUUCUCAAAGACUAGAGGCCGGACUGCGGGGCCUGCUGGGCGCCCUGACGAGCACUCCGUACUCCCCAACGCAGCACCUGGAGCGAGAGCAGGCUCUUGCUAAGCAGUUUGCAGAAAUUCUUCACUUUACACUCCGAUUUGAUGAGCUCAAGAUGACAAAUCCUGCUAUACAGAAUGACUUCAGCUACUAUAGAAGAACUCUGAGCCGUAUGAGGAUUAACAAUGUCCCAGCAGAGGGAGAAAAUGAAGUAAAUAAUGAGUUGGCAAACAGAAUGUCUUUAUUUUACGCUGAGGCGACGCCAAUGUUGAAAACCUUAAGUGAUGCCACAACAAAGUUUGUGUCAGAGAAUAAAAAUUUACCGAUAGAGAAUACAACAGAUUGCUUAAGCACCAUGGCCAGUGUGUGCAGGGUCAUGCUGGAAACCCCUGAAUAUAGAAGCAGGUUUACAAAUGAGGAAACAGUAUCAUUCUGUCUGAGGGUAAUGGUGGGUGUCAUCAUACUCUAUGACCACGUGCAUCCGGUGGGCGCUUUUGCCAAAACUUCAAAAAUUGAUAUGAAAGGAUGCAUCAAAGUUCUUAAAGACCAGCCUCCUAACAGUGUAGAAGGCCUUCUAAAUGCUCUCAGGUACACAACAAAGCAUUUGAAUGAUGAGACUACCUCCAAGCAAAUUAAAUCCAUGUUGCAAUAACAAUUACCUGGAAUUCGCACCUGCUGUAGACAGUAUUCUGCAAUGACUGAGAUGCACAGAUUUUUUUUUUUUAGUGAUUGCAACUACUAUCUCGUUCAUUCUUGCUUUUUAUUUUCUCUCUUCCUGUUUACUUUUUUUUAAUCACUUUCUUGUACCUAAGUAAGCUCAGACUUCUUUUCUGUGCCAAAUCAAUGAAAUUUAUCAAUUCUGGAAAGUAUUUCUACUUUUCAGAAUAGCCAUCCUAAGUGGCAGCUAAUUAUGCGUUGCAUUUGGAUUUCUCUGUACUGGGGAAAGAUUUGUGACUUGAACUAAAUAUUUUUAAACUUGUGGUUUUUUCUUUUUUUGAAAAACUAAUAUUUAAUAUUGCUUCUUCUGCAUGGCAAGACUGCCUACUUCUGCUAUUUAAAAAUCCCUUGAUGACUUCAUUUUCUAUUGCAGCUUAUUUUCAUGUGCAACCAUGAGGAAACUAAAAGCAGAUUUGUUUAAAUUAACUGUGUUUGUACAAAAUGGUACCCACCACAAAAGUUUUUUUAAAUGAGUAAAAACUGUUUUGUUUAAAAGUUACGUUUGCAUUUUGACUCAUUUUUGUAAGGAUGUAUGUUGUAUGUUUAACCUUUAAUAACUAACGUUAAACUGUGGUGUGUGCGUAGCAAAAUUACGUAUGCAUGUUCAUGUCAAAUGAUUGGCUGUGGAUAAGAUAAUAAAAUCAGCUUUCAUUUUUCUAAGUGUGGUUUGAUUUACCAGUAUUUUGAGUGAGAUGUCUUCGUGCUCUUUGGAUUUUUACAAAAAAAUAAAUUUAUAAAUUUUA